AUGUCGACUAGCUAUAGAGCAACUGCUAUCCCAGCUUCUUCUACCUCUGCUUCUACUGCUCCAUCAUCUCGGUAUCCCUCUAGACAUCAUAAUGCACCGUCGUAUGAAUCCAUUUAUGGCCAUCAAACUCCUCUACACUCGAACACGCCUUCAAAUUCGAUUCCUACAUCUUCUAAGCCGAUUUUGAAAGCUUACGAUAUUGAUUUAUCAAUUCGAAUAGAUGCUAGUGUUAUUCCUUCUCAAGCAUCAAUUAUCGAUGGUCAUAUUAGAUGUAAAGUUGAUGAGGCUGGAGCUUACCGUCCAUCGACUUCCUCCAAUCCAUUACAUCUUUCAACUGCAAUGAAAGAAAUGCCUCUUAUUGUGAAACCUGUGCGAAGCAGUGGCUUUUCAACUUUAGAGCGAAGAAGCCGCAGUAAUGAAUCGCAUAUUCAAACAGGCCAUCUCAUCACGUCUGAAGCAACUUCUCCUUAUAUUUCAUCAGCAGCUUUGGCUAAUGCAGUUCCUGUAAUGAUCGACAAUAACGGUGCCGCUCGAAACGCUGCUCCGCUUCUGCAACGACGCAGAACUUUGACAGCAUUGGAAGACCCUCGUACUUGGUAUGCUUCAUCAGUUGACGGACCAGCACAUAUAUCUUCUACUUCAUCUCUACCUCGAAAUUUUGUACGAAAGCCUACUGUUAUUCAUACUGCAGCUCCAGUUAAAACUAUACCAUAUAUCGAUGAUGAUGAAGCUGAUGAUAUGCCACCAGCCAAUGAGCCGCCACCCAAGCCAAAUAGAAGCUUCAGUCAUUCACCAGGACGACGAGAACUUCAAAUGCCUCCUCAGGACUAUUCUCUGUCAGCUCCUCCUUGUCCACCAGCAUCUUCUCGUCUAUCCAAUCGAGAUAAUGACUAUCCUGCGUUUGCUCAUGCUCCUCAUAAGGAUGUUUUUACAGCAUCCCCGUUGAAGUUACCUACUGCAGCAACAGCUUCCGAGUCUCCAAAUUUGUCCAAAUCACGGGUUUUUGGUGAAGGAACCCGUAUUCUUGCUCGCCCAGUUCGAGUAGAGUGCGAACCAAUGGAAGAAAGUAGUACGUUACCUUCCUGGAAGCCAAAAUCGUUGCCAUCACCUCCAAAAUCCACAAAAGCUUCAUCUAUGUUAGCUUACGAUCACCGUCGAGAAGACAGCGGCUACCGUUCUGACCGCAAGUCUAGUCUUGAUCAUAAUCGCUUCUCUCCGCUUGUGUCUAACCCGGCUCCAAUCGACUCAUCGGAUACAGAAGAUGAAGAUUUUGAUUGGGGAGAUGCUUAUCUCAAUAGCCGACGAUGCAGUUUAGUAUUGAGGACGCAAACUUCUCUCCGAGUCAAAACCAUAAUUGAUAAACUUUUGAAUGCUUCAGGCAGUGACCAAAGAAGAGCCCUAUUCUCAUUAAAACAAAUUUUUCAAGAUGACAAAGAUCUCGUUCAUGAAUUCGUUCAAAACGGUGGAUUGGAUUGUUUGAUUCAAUUGGGAAGAGUAGCUGAUCAGAAUCAUCAAAAUUAUAUCUUACGAGCUCUGGGACAAGUAAUGCUCUAUGUUGAUGGUAUGAAUGGAAUCAUUGCCCAUAAUCCAACAAUCCAAUGGCUGUACGAGUUACUCGAUUCUCCGCUAUAUGAUGCUGAUGAGUUUCGUGAAAUGAGCCCUUAUCGUAUUGAAUGGUUCCGUUUGGUUGUCAAAACUUCCUUGAAACUCUUACUUGUUUUCAUCGAAUAUAAUGAUAACAAUGCUCUGCUGGUAUUGACAGCUGUAUCGACUGUUGAUAGAAAAAAAGGUCAACCUGAUUGGACAGGACUGAUGAAAGUUAUUUCGGAAAAGGAUUCCCCUGAUCCAGAAACUCUCGUUUAUGGGAUGACUGUUAUUAAUAAAGCCCUUCAUGGCAUUCCUGAUAGGGAUACUUUCUAUGAUGCUGUAGACACAUUGGAUAGUUUACAAAUGGAAGAAGUCAUGAAAAACUUACAAAAAACUGGAAACCGGGAGCUUCUAGAGCAGUGUAAGCUAUAUGAGAGAGAAGUUAAUCAGGAGGAUGAGCGUGGAACAAACAGCGACGAUGAUUCUAGUCUCAACGCAAAAAUGAGACGUCGUGCUAGCUGUGAUCAACUCGCGAAAUCUUCAAGGAGUUCCACUUCUAUUUCUUCACCGACCACGGCAGAUUGUUCAUACAAGGCAACAGCUAUAGCUUCAUCUAGCAGACGACCUUCCGUUGAUCGAUGUAGUAGCAGUAGUGGCGAUACAUCAUCAGCUUUAUCUGCUCCCGAUGAUGGAUAUGCUUCAUCCAUGGGCUCUAACACAUUUGAAGCUCGUCGUUUGAUGUUAUCAACGACUCAUUCUGCAUUUUCUUCGGCUUCGUCAAAUCAACUUCCUGCAACAAGCGAUGGCAGUAAUUCAUUAGCAUCGAAUUCAGUAAGCAGUUGUUCAUCAUCUGUAUCAUCCGUGCACGGAAAUGUGUCUGCACCUCCAAAUACGGCUAUAUCACCAAAUUGCUGGUCGUAUACAGACGGAUUAGUUGGCUCACGCAAUCAGGCUAUGAAGAACGAUUAUGUAGCUGAAACUGAAAACGCUUCCGACAACGAGCGCUCUUGGGAACGAACAAGAUCAGUUUCACCAACAUCGAUUAUUUCCUCUUCUGUCUCCAUCCCUCCGGACGAGUUAUAUUCAUCCGUAACUGAUGAUGCUCUGUCCUCAGAUUUCCAAAACUAUGGGACAUCAUCACAGUUGUCAACCCGAGCCGGAGAUUCGUCUUCUGAUCGCAGAUCGACCAUGAGAAGGCGGCAUCAAGAAGCUCGUGAACGCCAGAAAGAGCAUGCCGCUUUCAAUCAAAAUAGAGGAUUAUUUAAUAAACCUCAAGAAGAAAUAUGUGAUCCUCAGAUACCUUCAUCUUUGCCAUGGAGAAAUGAGAUUUCUGCAGCCAAAGAAGCAUCGAAAUCCAUAAUAAACGACGAUAAUGAACCUAAGAAAGGUCCCGAGCCUGUUCGCCUGGUUGAAAAUCAAGAAAAUGAAAGCCCAGAGGAAAUGACGGAAUCUUCUGAGAAAAUAGUGAAAGCUCCGCCCCCCUCGUUCCCUGCUUUAUUCUCCCCAACGGAAUCUAAAACUAUGGACUUUCCUGAGCCUGUUAAGGAAAUUGAGCUUCCUCGUCCGGCACCACCCAGGGCAAAGAUCGUCCGAGAUGAAGGGGGUGGUGAUUUCGCAGCGCAGCUCCAGAGAAAAGCAGCAAAAGCCGCUGAGGGUAACCGAGAUUCAUUUGCUCCACGAGAAACGGAAGCCGAGCAGCAAUGGAAAAAGGCUGCUGAAAAUUUGAAGUCACGACCGUUGAUUAUCAAUGAUUUGGACUUCAGUGAGUUCCAUGCUCUGGAAUACGAACAAGAUCCGCUUGUGAUGGCUCGCAUGGCACAAAUUCAAGAAAAAAACAAUCAGCGUUCUUCUGCCAUCCCGCCACCUCCUCUACCAGGCGGAAUCCCUCUACCACCUAGAUUGCAAGGUCUCAAUGGCCCAGCUCCCCCUGCACCACCAUUACCACCUGGAGGAGUGCCACCACCUCCUCCUCCUAACUUACGACGAGAAACCAGUCCAGGCCCAUCAUCUAAUAAAGGAGUUUUAAAACUACAUUGGAAACCGACCAGUACCGAUGCUGCCAUCGUUCCUCAACUAAGAGAAAAAGGAACUUUCUGGACGAAACUGGAGAGACCUCAAUUCAAUCCUGAACGUUUAGUUAAACUAUUCGAAGCCAAACAACAGAAAGAAGUUCAUGUCAAGAAAGUGAAUGAAUCUAAGCCUCAGGUUCUAACUGUUCUUCCUAUGAAAAGGUCGCAAGCGAUUCAUAUUGGAUUGACUAAGUUACCUCCCACGAGUGUUAUUCCAGCAGCAAUCAUGAAGUUUGAUUCCAUGGUAUUGAACAAAGAAGGAAUUGAAAAAAUUCUUCGAACCAUGAUGCCAACUCCAAAAGAAGUGGAGGAAAUCGAGAUGAAAGCAGCUGAAAACCCAGAUAUGCAACUUGGACAAGCCGAACAGUUUUUAUUGAAGUUGUCUCAAAUUCCCAGUUUGCUUGAACGUUUGAAACUUUGGCUAUUCACGCUUGAAUAUAAGAAUGUUGAAAAGGACAUUGCUGAACCUUUGAUGGAUUUACAAUUGGCAAUGAAGGAAAUGGAAGAGUCCAAAACUUUCAAAACAGCUAUGGCUAUGUUGUUAGCGAUCGGAAAUACUCUUAGUGGCACUGAGAUCAAAGGUUUCUAUCUGGAUUAUUUAACGAAAGCUUCGGAAGUAAAAGAUCCUGUUAAUAAACAACCAUUAACACAUCAUCUGGCCGAGUAUAUGUUGGAGCACUACCCUGAAGGAACAGAUUUGUAUUCAGAGUUUGGAGCAGUUGCUCGAAGUUCAAGAAUAGAUUACAAAGAAUUGUUCGAAAACCUCAAACGGCUGGAAAAAGAGUGUAAAUCGAGUUGGGAUUACUUAGCAAAGAUAGCUAAGAAUGAUUCAACAAUGAAAAAUAAAAUCAAUUUGUAUUUGAUCGAUGUGGCUGAACGUAUCCAUCAGUUGAAUGACAUUUAUCGCAUCGCUAAGCAUAGGUGGCACGCAUUUCUUCUAUAUUUUGGUUAUAACGUUCAAGAGAUUCCGGACACUCAGCCCAAUGAUGUCUUCAAAAUGGUUACCGAGUUUGCCUUAGAGUAUAGGACUACUCGGGAUAAGAUAUUGCAAAUGAGAAAACGGAUAGCUGAAAAGCGUGAGAGGAACAAAACAAGAGGAAAAAUAUGGGCUUUAAGGCGUCCUGAAGGCGAAACCAAGCAAACACCAACAUAUGGUGAGCCUGUUGCUAAGCCUGUUGUGAACUCUUAUGAGCGACACGAUGAAAUGCAGAGGUUUUUGGAGGGACUAGCCGAUGGUGAUAACACUUUAAGAAGAAGAGCCCGGCCGACACCUGACCGAACAACCAAAGUUAGCCCUCCAGUAGAUACUGGGGAAGGUGAUUCACCCGAUGACGAGAUAUUGAACAGUUUGGCUAAAGCUGCCACCUUACAAACAGAUGCUCGUGAUCACCGUAGGAAAGCGCGCCAGUUUAAUAGGAAAUCACUUCGCCGUACAAGAACUUUGAAGCUUGUUGAUGGACAGUUAGAAACUCAAUACUAA